AUGUCCUAUUCGGAAGCAAUCUGGCCAAGUCAAUCGCUGAAUAUCAGUCUUGGUACUUGUGAGAAAGAGCCGGAAAUAUGCAACGAGGAGUAUCAGGAAAAUGCGGCAAUGCUAGAAGUUUUCUACGAAGCACUAAACUUUGAAACACUUACAGAAUCAGAGGCUUACGGGGUUGUCAAAAUGCUCGCUGAUUUUGGCGGUCAACUUGGACUUUGGUCGGGCGUCUCCUUCAUGACUUGUUGUGAAUUUGUAUGUCUAGGCUGCGAGCUGCUUUACAUGAUUGCUAUGCAUCACUGGAAGAAGUACAAAUUGAAGAAACAGGAAAUGGAUAACGCUUUCUGA